AUGCGCGUCGGAGCCUAUAGAAGGAAGGCUUCUUUUUCAGUUAAGGAAAAGCAAAAUGAGGCGCUCAAUACCACUAUGUGCAUCUUACAAAAUUAUGGUCCAAUGGGAUUUCUUAUCCAAGAAGAAAAUGCAAAGCAGAAAUUUAAGGUUUUCAUUGGCGAACGGCAUACCUGUAGUUGCAAAGUAUUUGUUAAGGAAAAUGACUUAUGUAAGCAUAUAUGCUGGAUCCUUCUGAAAAGAUUUCGACUAGACAGGCACGAUCCAAAUAGAUUUGAUAUUGUAUCCUGUCCAAUGUGUAGAGGAGAAUUUUCAAAAUUGGAAGACCUUAUUUUAGAGACCACACUUUGUGAAAACUACUUUGCUAAAACAAAUAUGUUGGUCCGGAACACUGAUUCAUUGUCAAACAGCAUAACCAGAGAUUUUGAAGUGCCUGAAGAACACAAUUGCAUGUGCACUGAUUGCAACUGUUCACCAAUAAUUGGGAGAUUAUAUUGCGCGAGUGAUGGUGAGAGUUUUUUGAACAUUGAUAAGUCAAAUUUGCUACUAUGCAGUAAAUGCUUCGAGCAGCGCACAAGUGGACGCCUUAUGGAAAAGUCAGUAUCUGUCUGGGAAGCUCUCACAAAGCCCUUGUGUCGAAAAGAACUGGGUCGAAUGGCCAAAUGGCUCAUUAAGGCCGCGCACACCAACCUGCCUAAGGGGGCAGCCUUGGGCGGGACGAGGGAGCUCGGGACCGCGCGAGGUCUUCUAACACCGGGGCGACAGUGCCGGAUCUGUCUAAUGCAUUUUCGUGAAGGGGAGGAAGUUAGAAAACUGUUACGCUGCAAUCACGUCUUCCAUACAAAAUGCGUUGAUCAAUGGCUUCUUCAUGUGUCAGUUUUUUCGUCUUUACAUUUGUCACUUGAUGGGAUACGUGUGGUUUGCGUCAUAUUUUAG